AACUGCAGCCCGGCCCGCGACGAGCGCGACUUGGCCUUGGCGCGCGCCUUCCCGCCCUGCUUCCCGCGGCCCGACAUCGCAGCGGCUGAAGGUUCGGACCGCAACCACGCGAAGAACGCAGCGCGAGACCGACGGAGCUCGGCUACGCUCUCGCUUAGGCUCCUCGGCUCUGCUCUGAUAGGCUGACGUCUGGGUCCGUUCUGGGCAGCCAAUGAAAAGGCGAAUCGAAUUGGAACCAAUGAAAAACAGUUAUAGGGGAGGAAUAGCGUGUGCUCGUGUUCUGACCAAUAAAAGAGUGCGAAAGGGAUACAUCUCAUUUGCAUAGAGGAGCUAUAAAUAAAAGGACUACGACCACUUCCUUCCCAUUCAGCUUCUCGUUCUCGUGUCAGCGGUUGUCCCUGUCUGACUUCUUUUUGCCGCUAUGCCUGAGCCGGCCAAGUCUGCGCCCGCCCCCAAGAAGGGCUCCAAAAAGGCGGUCACCAAGACCCAGAAGAAGGGCGACAAGAAGCGCAAGAAGAGCCGCAAGGAGAGCUACUCGAUCUACGUGUACAAGGUGCUGAAGCAGGUGCACCCCGACACGGGCAUCUCGUCCAAGGCCAUGGGCAUCAUGAACUCGUUCGUCAACGACAUCUUCGAGCGCAUCGCCGGCGAGGCGUCGCGCCUGGCGCACUACAACAAGCGCUCGACCAUCACGUCGCGGGAGAUCCAGACGGCCGUGCGGCUGCUGCUGCCCGGCGAGCUGGCCAAGCACGCGGUGUCGGAGGGCACCAAGGCAGUCACCAAGUACACCAGCUCCAAGUAGAGUGGUCCUGAUUCUUACUUUGAACCCAAAGGCUCUUUUCAGAGCCACCCACUCAUUCAAUGAAAGAGCUUUAAUUACUGUG